AGAGGAAUGAUGCUACAGAGUCCAGAUAGAAGUCUUGAAAGCACCAGUUUGUGUGUGUUUAACGAACGUACGUACAUGGAUACAAGUUGUUUGAAGGAAGCGAGAGUGUGAAUAUUUUUCAACAAAAUUAGCGGUUUUGGUGAGAUGUUUCGAGGGCAUUUUGAGUUUGACCCAUCUUCCUCUAAACGUCGCCUAAUUAUAUAACUUCAUUCUCACUAUUUUUAGCACACACUCUCUUCUAGCCAUCCAAUUCUCCCCCUUUCAUCUCUCCCCUCUCUCUCCCUCGUUGAGAUUCCACCUCUGCUUCAAAUUUCAUCAAACCCCACGUAGAUACUAUACUCAUCACUCCUCUGCAUUCAUUCUCUCUCUCUCUCUCUCUCUCUCUCUCUCUCUCUCUCUCUCUCUCUCCCUCUCCCUCUCUCUCUCGCCUUCUCUCUCUCUCUCUCCCUCCCUCUCUCCCUCUCUCUCUCCCCCCCCCCUCUCUCCCCACACCUGUCUCUCCGCCUGCAUUUUGGUCUCAUUUCUUCAUCUGGCUUCUCAAGACUUCACAAGCCACCAUUUCACUUGUAAGUAGAGAUUAGAGUUCCUGAUGGAUGAUUGUCACUGAUCGCAGUACUAUGAAAUCUUCAUCCAAGUGGUUGCGAAGCUCAUAACUACUAUAAAUAUGCAUCAAGAAAGAAGUCCUGAUCCAGAUGGAGAAAUUAAAGUAAGUUUUGGAUAUUAUUGCAAUGAAAAGAAAAGUGCUUGUGAUAUUUCUGAUGAAUAUGAAACCCCUACUGGAAUUAAACUUCGAAGAACCAAUAGCUCUUUUUCUUGCUUCUCUGGUGCCGCCUUGAGUGCCAAUGCUACUUUGGCCAACACAAAUAUCUGCAAUGGAUUAAUUGGCGCAGAGAUUCUUCCAACGUGGGACUCACCCACUUCAUUCAGAAAGAUCCCCUCUUCUUCCUCAAUAUCUAAGUUGGACCUGCUAUCUAGUUCUCUUCACAGCAGUUUAUCAAAUUUGAGUUGUAGUCCAUCAACUCCAAGUGAGGCCACUGAAUCUGAUUUUUUGUCACUAAAGUCCAUGAGUGCCCCUUCAAGAAGCGAAGGUUUUCUCAAUGCCAUGGAAGUGCAAGUAGCAGGUGGGGCUGCCGGUGAAGAUCGAGUCCAAGCUGUUUGUUCUGAAGAAAAUGGCUGGCUUUUUUGCGCUAUCUAUGAUGGCUUCAACGGUAGAGAUGCUGCUGAUUUUCUGGCUGGUACACUGUAUGAUACUAUUGGGGUCUAUUUGAAUUUGUUAGAAUGGGAAUGCGAAUCCAAUCAAACAUCUGUUUUCCCGGAUCUGCUCGAGGAUGACAAAUUUGCCAAAGGGGGUAAAUCUAGUCUUAAGGUUGCAAGCACUGAAUUAUCAGGUAAAAGAUUGUCCAGCCUACCUAGACAAAGGGUGCUUGAUUGCCUUCAACGUGCUCUGUCUCAGGCUGAGAAUGAUUUCCUCUACAUGGUUGAGCAGGAAAUGGAGGAACGCCCUGAUAUAGUAUCUGUUGGAUCUUGUGUUUUGGUUGUGUUACUCCAUGGGAAGGAUUUGUACAUACUCAAUUUAGGUGACAGUCGAGCUGUAAUGGCAACAUACGUUGAAGUGGGCAUUACUAAAAACAAGGUUCUACAAGCUAUACAGCUAACUGAUAGUCAUACAGUUGACAACGAAGUUGAGAAAACCCAACUUUUAAAUAAUCAUCCUGAUGACCCCUUGGCAAUUGUGGGUGGAAAGGUGAAAGGAAAGUUAAAGGUCACUCGUGCCUUUGGAGUUGGUUACUUGAAAAAGCAAAUAUUGAAUGAAGCGUUAAUGGGCAUCCUUCGGGUUCGUAACCUUAAAAGUCCUCCAUAUGUCUCCACAGAGCCAUCCCUAUGUAUACAUGAAGUCUCGAAUGCUGAUCAUUUCAUCAUACUUGGGAGCGAUGGUUUGUUUGAUUUCUUUACAAAUGAUGAAAUUGUAAAGCUCGUCCAUUCUUAUAUCUUGUGCUAUCCUUGUGGAGAUCCAGCCAAAUUUUUGUUAGAACAGCUUGUACUGAGAGCAGCAGAUUGUGCAGGUUUCAGUACAGAAGAGUUGAUGAGUAUCCCUGCCGGUAGGAGAAGAAAAUAUCACGAUGAUGUAACUGUGAUUGUGAUCAUGCUGGGGACAAAUAAGCGAACAUCCAAGGCAUCAACUUGCCUAUAGAUUAAAUGUAAUGUAGUGGGCAGUUUAUCUCAAUAGCAGCUACUAUGCUGAUUUUGGACGUUUUUUGGUUUGUAUACGUAUUAAUGUGAAAUUCGAGUUAAUUUCUUUC